UAUAUGAGCUGGCGUUAUCAUCUCAGCGGCAGCAUUUUCAACUCGCGAGUGACAAGCGGCGCACGCAGGCGCCCCACGAUCCCGAGAUCUUGUUCGAACUUAUUCGAGCAUUAUUCGAACAACUAUUCGAGCCAUUCAUUAUUCGAUCCCGUGCGAUCUCAUCCGCGGGUGCUGCUACUACUAUAUUUUUUUUUUGCCAUUUUAAAUAUAUUUUUUUUUUUGCGGGUCCUUUUGUGAAGUGGUGUGGAAAAAACCGAAAAAAAAACACGAACCAGCAGCUGCCGUUGAGCGAAUUUUUUUUAAGUGCACACCCCCCUGAGUUGCAAGGAUAAUCCGCGGAAAGCAACCCCGGCAUGAUGCCACUACGCCUUACCCUUCUGCUGGCCUUCUGCUGCUGUGCCGCCCAGGCGGUCCUCAGCUGCAAGGAGCUGAAGCGCCGCGAGGCCGGCUUCGACACAUACGGCCCACCGCCCCGUCCUGCCCCCCAGUACGGCCCGCCGCCCCAGCAGCAGCACGUGCCCCACCGGGAGUACGGCGUCCCUCAGCAGAUACCCUUCCGGGAGUACGGACCACCGGCCAUUAAGUACGGCCCGCCCAAGCUCAACUUCCUGAGCGGCGGCGGAGGAGGAGGAGGAGGUGGUGGCCUCCACGAGCAGAUCAAGACCCACUUCGGAGUGCCCAAGCCCUUCUACGGACCACCCCACAUCCAGCACAAGCCGGCGCCCCAGUACGGACCCCCGCCACCAAAGCCCGCUCCCCAGUACGGACCCCCUCCUCCACAGUACGGACCUCCGCCCCAGCCGGCUCCCCAGUACGGACCCCCGCCACCGAAGCCUGCUCCCCAGUACGGACCUCCGCCCCAGCCCGCUCCCCAGUACGGACCUCCGCCGCCGCAGAAGAUCAUCCACCGCCCGGCGCCCCAGUACGGACCUCCUAAGCCCCAGUACGGGCCACCCCCACCACCGCCCCAGUCCCUGCCGGCGCCCCAUGCCGCUCCCCUCUUCCGGCCCGCCCACCAGCCAGCCUCCUCGUACGGCCCCCCCGCCUCCGGACCCCUGAACCUGCCGCCCAAGCCGAUCUAUGAUGCCCCGCCCCCGAACUACGGCCCACCACCACUGCCAGUGGCACUGCCAGGACCCCCACCACCGGCCACCACCAUUAUCCUGAGCGGCGGCGGCGGAGGACACUCUGGACCCAGUGGACCCGGACCCGUGAAGCAGGUCCAGAUCCAGAUCGACGCCUCCGGACACACCCACAGCGUGAGCGGCUCCCAGGCGCCCUUCCACACGGCAUGCGACGGCUGGAAGCCCAUCCCGGCUCCAGUGGGCGCCUACGUGGAGCAGAACCACAUCGAGACCCAGGGAGGCUACAGCCAGGUGGCCCAGGGACAUGGCGGCGGCGUCGGUGUCGGUGUCGGUGUCGGAGUCAGUGGCUUUGGAACCCAGUACAGCUCGCUGGGAGCUUCGGGCAGUGGCGGCAGCAGCAUCGUGGACGGACUCUCGGACGAGCAGCUCGUGGCAGUGGCCCUGCAGGGCGGCAGCGACGGCGGCCAGGUGAUCACCGGACCGGGAUCGAACUCCAUUGAGACGGAAGCCCUACAGGUCGCUAUUGGAUCCUUGGACGACACGUACUCGAAGCCACCAUCCGACUCCUACGCUCCUGGCUCGGUGCAUGCUCAGAAGUACCAGACCAUUGGCCACUCGGCUGGACCUCCACCUCCGCCGCCCAGUGGCAAUUACGGCCCUCCGCCACCACCCCCGGGUGGCAACUACCUGCCACCUCCUCCACCCGGCGGUAACUAUGGCCCUCCUCCACCCCAGUUUGCGGCUCUCACCAGUAGCAGCAGCAGCAGCAGCCACAGCCACGCCCACUCCAACUCGCAGUCGAAUGUGAACAUCCAGUACGGCCCCCCGCCGCCCUCCGGCAACCCACAGCCCUUCCCGCAACACGGAGCCGGGCAGCCCAACAAGCCAGUGGCCUACAGGCCCCCGGUGCCCGCCGGCCUGCUCGAGUCCAUUGGAGCCACUGUGCAGCACCUGGAUCUGUUCGGAGUUAAGCCUGCCCAGCAACCGGCCACCUACAUCCCGCCAGCAGCCAAUGAGAUUGCUCUGCCCGGGCCACCGCCCGCUCCCCUGCCCGCACCACAGGCCCUCUACCAGCCACCCCCACCGCCGCCCCAGCAACAGGCCCCGCCCCAGGUGAUUGUGCAACAGCAGCUGCCCGCCCCCCAGCCCGGACCGGCCUUUGUUCAUCAGCAGAAGCAGUUCGGACCACCGGGUCCCCCGCCGCCGCCAGAGCCCCAGUAUCUGCCGCCGCCGCCAGUGGCCAAUGUGCGUCCUCUGGGACCACCCCCACCACCACCGCCGUCCCAGCAAUACCUGCCAGCUGCCCCACCGCCACCACUCUUCUUCCAGCAGCAGCAGCAGCAGCAGCAGCAGCACCACCACCACCAUGUCGAGAACAGCUACAGCGCCUCGCAGGUGCACUCGCAGGGACUGCCACUGCCCCAGCAGGCGCCCCGCUUCAGUCAACUGGCCCUGCAGCAGCCACAGCAGCCCCAGCCCAUCAUCAUCCACGACUGCGGACAUGGACCCAAUCUGGUGAGCAGCACUGGCUACCAGGUGCAGCAGCAACAGGUCCACCAGCAGCACCAGAACCAGCAGCAGCAGCAGUUCCAGCAGUUCGGCAGCAUAUCGGCAGCAUCGGCAGGAGCCUACAACGCCAUCGCCCAGAGCAUCCCGGUGGCCGAGCAGCACACCCAGCAACUGGUGGCCGGACCGGCCGACAGCUACGGACCCCCGCCCUCCGGCAACGACAUCGACUUUGAUCACACCGGCUAUGCCUCGCAGAAGAACGCCGUGGCGGCCCUGCCCGACGGCACCGAUCCCCAGCAGCUGCCCGGAUUGGAUGGCCUGGACGUGCUCUCCGCCCAGAAGUCGCAGAGCAUCCAGCUGACCGGCCAGCAGCCGACCCAGAACUUCCAGGUGCAGUUUGGCGGAUCGCUGAACAAUGCCCCCGGAGCCGUUGCCAGCGGAGAUGCCAACCACGAGGAGAUCCUCUCCCAGGGACUCCUCCAGUCGAUCCUGACGGCCAUCGAGCAGCCCAACCAGCAGCAGCAGCAGCAGGGUCUGCCCCAGAACCACAAGGCCCAGAGCCGCUCCGACGAGCACGGCAGCGAACAUGCCGAGGAUCAUGCCGCCGGCGAUGCCGAGGAUCAUGAGGAUGGCGAGGAACAGUCGGUGAGCUCAUCGAACCGGGUGGAGGUUCGCGUCCUGCCCGAAGACGAGGAGGAGACCCCCGCCGAGGUGAAGCAGAUCGAACCGAUCGUGGUCAACGAGGAGGAGGAGGCCAAGCAUUAGUCACCACCACUAGUUAGUCACUAACUAUAGCAUCGACCUCAUCAGCGCCGCUUGAAUCUAUUUAUUGCUGCCUCAUCCACACCUCAUCUCCAUUCCAUUAAUCCAUUCCAUGCCACAUGCCACAUGCCCCUCUAUACACUCUAUAGAGCCCUGCCCCCACGCCCCUGCCAGUUGCCAUAAAGAGAAAGUGAGUGAGGAGGGGUCCCAAAGGAGGGGGCGCGCGAAGAAGAACAAAGAAGCUACCAGAGCCGGAGUCGUCGGAGUCAUCCAAGUCAUCCAAGUCGGAAACUAAACAGAAGACACCAAGUACGCCGCACGGCUCCCGCUAUGAAAAGUGCCUUUUCAUGCUCGCAGCUCGUGUAUAAAAAUAUUUAAAAUAAAUAAUUAAUUUAUUAAUACAUCGUAUUGUAUAUUAUGCUUUAAACCGAAAGAAAAAACACUACAAAUAUAUGUAUACAUGUAUGUUUACGAACAAAAAGCGA